AUGCCUUCUCGAAGAGAUGAUUGUGCGAAACGUUUUGGAGCAGAGACACUUGCGUGCACCCUCGACAUCAACAAUGACGGUUGGCUAAAGUGGCUGUUUGAUUCGAUUGGUCUACCGUCACCCCUUGACUCAUCCACUGCAGAGGGUGCCAGUAACAUUCUUGGCUCCAUGAGGUAUAAUUACCAGCUCGAGUAUCUACAAGCCGACCAGCUUCGACAAGUUCUGCUACAGACUUACUCCACCUACGCUAUCAAACUCAUGUACAACGAUGGCCGAGACUUCAUCGGACUCAAUAAAACCCGCCUCAAGUCACACGUGCCUGACAUCACGGCCUUUAUCGCUGAUACCGUAAUCGAGCUGGGCGUCAUGCCAGCCGUUGUUCCUGUUGCCUUGUUUGGACUAUGGGCCUUGAUCAGUUCAGGCCUCUGCCUCGUCUAUGGAUUCAGGCGACGCUGGAGCGCGAUCCUCGACGGGCAUACAGUCUUCAGGCUUGGCGUUGGGUUGCAGGAGGCAUACCGGGCGAAGCUUCAGCAAUAUUCUACAAUCGGCGAGAUUGAAGAGUGUUCUACGCUGCACGAGAUCCCGGGGUUCGUGAGUGACAUGGACUUCAACGACAACGUGGGAGAAAUCGGACUUGUGGAUGGAAAGCCUGCACGAAAGGACAAGCUUUACCAGUGA